AUGUCUUCACAGAAUAUCAACUCUGAGUCCCAAGCACCACCUAGGACGCCACUUUCGGACGAGCAACGGAGAUUUCUUGACAGUGCCCUGCGUGUUAACCAAGCCGGCGAACUUGCCGCUACUCUAAUAUACACAGCCCAGACACCACCGGUCGUCAAAGCACACCCUCACCUGCGAUCAUUGAUGAAGCACAUGUAUGAUCAAGAAGCUGGACAUUUCAAAACUUUCAAUGAACUAUUGGCAAAACACCGCGUUAGACCUACUGCCAUGUAUCCUGUCUGGCAGGCAGCUGCGUCAGUCCUGGGAUGGACAACGGGCAUGAUGGGUAGGGAGGCUGCAAUGGCCUGCACAGAAGCUGUCGAAACUGAGAUUGGAAAUCAUUAUAAUGGUCAGGUACGGGAACUAUUUCGGUGGAUGCAGGAGCUGAAAGACAAAGGAGAAGAGCUGGACCCGGAACUGAAGGUGUUGAUUGAUGACAUUAAAAGGAUUCGCGACGAGGAGUUGGAGCAUCUGGAUCAUGCGCUGGAGAACGAUGCCAAAGAAGCAAAACCAUAUGAGCCCAUCACUGAUAUCAUUCGUUAUGGUUGCAGAAGUGCGAUCUGGAUAAGUGAGCGGGUAUAA